GGGGCUGCAGAGUUGUAGGGGGGCAUUACUCCACAGGGCUUCUGUAUGGGGGGGGGGACAUGGGGACAGGUUAGCUGGGGACAUGGACAGAGCAGUGACAGUCCCCUCCCUGUGCAGGUUGGGAAGUAGGGGGCACCUGGGAUCAUCCCGGCUACUGGAUGGGGUUGAACUGGGGGGGGGGGGGGGGGGGGGGGGGGGGAGCAGCUGGGACCCCCCACAGCAGCAGUACUGCACACAGCAUACUGCACUCCAGUAAUCCCCUGCACACCACUCCCACUGGGGAGGUGGGGAGGGGAAGGAGGGGACACAGAGCACAGCCUGGGGGGUGAAGGGGGGGCAGCAGAGCGUUCCCCCCACCCCAGCAGCACAGCCACAGCACAGGGUUGUGGGGCAGGGUCACACCUUCCCCUCCAAAAGAAAUAAUAGUGGGGGUCUGACCCCAUAGCACAGGGCAGGGCACUCAGCACAGCAGUGCUCCAGGAGCCUGAGGCAAGACUACAGGACAACAGGGGGUGUGGGGGGGGCACAGCCCAGCCUCCCCCCAAAAAAACCCAUCCCCUCCAGGUCCCUGCCAUGUGGUUGUACCUGUUGUUGGUGGUGCUGGCCUGGGCCCUGGGCUGGCUGGUACGGGAUCGCCAAACCCUGCCCUCAGUCAAAGACAAACACGUCUUCAUCACCGGCUGCGACAGCGGCUUUGGCAACCUGCUGGCACGGCGGCUGGCCCAGCGUGGCUUCCGUGUGCUGGCUGCUUGCCUGACCCCACAAGGGGCCGAUGGGCUGCAGCGAGGCUGCGCCGGGCACCUCCGGACCACGCUGCUGGAUGUCACCCGCUCUGAUAGCAUCCGGCGUGCUGCGGAGUGGGUGAGGGAGGAGGUGGGCGAGAAAGGGCUUUUUGGGCUGGUGAACAACGCUGGGGUGGCCAACCCCAUCGGCCCCACGGAGUGGAUGCGGAUCGAGGACUACCGGCAGGUGAUGGCCGUCAACACUUUUGGGGCCAUCGAGGUGACCCUACAGCUGCUGCCCCUCCUCAAGAGGGCGCGGGGCCGCGUGGUCAACACCUCCAGCGUGCUCGGCCGCCUCUCGGCCAAUGGUGGCGGCUACUGCGUCUCCAAGUAUUGCAUCGAGGCGUUCUCCGACAGCCUCAGGCGCGACAUGUACCACUUCGGGGUGAAGGUGAGCAUCGUGGAGCCCGGGUUCUUCAAGACAGCCGUGACCAACCUGGAGAGCAUCGAAGCGUCGCUGCGGCAGCUCUGGGAGCGUCUGGCACCCGAGACACGGCUCAGCUACGGCGAGGAGUUCUUCCACAAGUACCUGAAGGUGCAGAGGUUCAUCAUGAACAUCAUCUGUGAUGCUGACCUGGGCAAGGUGACGCGCUGCAUGGAGCACGCUCUGGGCGCCUGCCACCCACGCACACGCUACAGUGCAGGCUGGGAUGCCAAGCUGCUGUGGCUGCCCGCCUCCUACCUGCCCGCCUGCAUCGUUGACUUUGUGCUGGCCACCAUCCUGCCCAAGCCAGCCCACCACGUCCGCUAGCUGCUCCCCCAAAGCAGCUAUCAUCAGGACCCCCCCACCCCCACCCCAGCACGGGGUUGGGGUCCCCCAGGGCUGCAAAUAAAGCUCUGUCCUUGUGCUGGGACAUCCAUCGA